GGGGGAGGAAGGAGGAGGGGGGGGGCCGCACCCAACCCCCGCCAUGGACGACCUGGACGCGCUGCUGGCUGACCUGGAGACAACGACGUCCCACCUGGCCCGGCGCCCGGUGCUGCUCACCGACCCGCCGGCGGGACCCCCAGUGACCCCCAGCCCCACAACUGAGGAUGUGGCCCGGCCCCCGCCACCCCCCUAUGGCCCCGGGCCCAGCGCCGCCCCCCCGGCGGGGGGUGACACCGAGCAGCUCUACAGCACGGUGCACAAGGCUCGGGCGCCCCGCGCCGCCGCCCCCCGGCCCCACAGCCCCCCGGCGCCCCCCGGCCUGGGCGAGCUCGACCGGCUCCUGCGAGACCUCAACGUCACCCACUGCUCCAUCGCAGAUGAGAUCCUGGCCCAGUUCCCACCGCUGAAGGGUCCCGACGGGGAGAAGAAGGAGGAGAAGGAGGAGGAGGAGGAGGAGGCCGAAGAUGGGGCGUCCCCUCCGCGCACCACCACCACCACCAGCACCACCACCAGCACCACCACCAGCACCACCACCAGCACCCUUGGGUGCAGCUCGGGGCCCCCCCCGCCCUCGGCCUCCUCGGCCACCCAGGAGCUCGACCGCCUCAUGGCCUCGCUCUCCGACUUCCGCCUCCGCAGCACGCCGCCGCCGCCGGUGGUGCAACAGCCGGCGCCCGGCACCCUCGACUCCAUGCUGGUGCUGCUACAGUCGGACCUGAGCCGCCGCGGGGUGCCCACGGGCUCCAAGGGGCUCUGCGGCGCCUGCCAGAAGCCCAUCGCCGGGCAGGUGGUGACGGCGCUGGGGUGCACGUGGCACCCCGAGCACUUCGUGUGCGCCCACUGCCAGCAGGAGCUGGGGGGCAGCACCUUCUUCGAGAAGGACGGGGCGCCCUACUGCGAGCGCGACUACUUCCAGCUCUUCGCCCCCCGCUGCGGCCAGUGCGCCCAGCCCAUCCUCGACAAAAUGGUGACGGCGCUGGACAAGAACUGGCACCCGGAGCACUUCUGCUGCGUCAAGUGCGGGCGGCCCUUCGGCGAGGAGGGCUUCCUGGAGAAGGACGGCCAGCAGUACUGCCGGCAGGACUUCGCCGAGCUCUUCGCCAGCCGCUGCCGGGGCUGCGGGCGACCCAUCCUGGAGGGCUACGUGGCCGCCCUCGAGGGCCUCUGGCACCCCGAGUGCUUCGUCUGCGGGGAGUGCUUGGCGCCCUUCUCGGCCGGCACCUUCUUCGAGGCCGGGGGUCGGCCCUACUGCGAGCGGCACUUCCGGGGGGGCCGGGCCCAGGCGUGCCGGGGCUGCGGGGAGCCCAUCGCCGGGCGUUGCGUCACCGCCAUGGCCCAACGCUUCCACCCCGAGCACUUCGUCUGCGCCUUCUGCCGCCGGCCCCUGGCCAAGGGCCCCUUCCAGGAGCAGGCCGGCAAGGCCUACUGCCAACCCUGCUUCCGGCGGCUCUUCGGCUGAGGCCGCCGGCGGCGCGCCGUGGGGCGCCCCACCACCACCGCCACCAUCCCCUCCGCACGGAUCGCCUCUUCCUCCCAACCCCGCUCGGGGCUCCCGGGACGCCCCUUGGAGCCCGCUUGGAUCAGCCGUGGGAGGGGCCUCACGGCUCGUGGUGGCACCAAGGAGGAGGUCCCGACCCAUGGCUCGGCCCCACGGAGGCCCCCCCGGACCCUCCUUGGACGUCCCAUGGAUCCUGCUUGGAGCCCACUCGGAUUCCCCAUGGCACUUUGAGGGGUC